AUGCCUCUGAACUGGCUCCAAGACUACCUGGAAAGGCGCAGAAUCCGACGGAAUGGAAAUCGAAGAGUCCUUGAUGAGCGAUUUGGGGAUCCUAAUAUUACCGCACCGAUGGCGGGGGGCUGGAACCAACUGCCAGUAAAUUCGACAGCUUCUGGGGAACAAGUCUUGCUGGGUGCUGAACAAGAUAGCAACGGAAAGGGAUCCAAUAUCUGGGUGAAAUGCUGCCUUUGUGACCGCGAAGACGAAAAGGAUACCCUGAGUUCCAAUCCCCAGCCUUCAUUGACUCGCACCGAGAGGGAGUGCAGUACGCCAAAUCCCUCAGCGCGGAACUCUGGUGGUCCUAGCUUCGUUUACAAGCCUGCCAGCGAGGAAUUUUUCAAAGAAAUGGCCGGGAUAGGCAAAUCAAAAUUGUCACCUACAGGACCCAGUUCGAACGACAGCGAAAAGCACAGAAGCAAAAUCUCAACCAUAAGCUCUGAUGCCAGUUUCGUGGACCCCGUUAUGUCGGAUAUCCCACGUCACCCUUCAUAUCAUAGCCGACCUCGCACAGCAUCAUCAUCAAACACGCCUGUUGGGUCCAGAAGCCCAUGCAGCACAUUCGUUUCCUCCGGCGACAGGCAGCCCUUCCAAACCAGUCCAGCACUUUCAUUUUUAAACACGCCAAGCACAGCGAAGCAGAGCUCUGCUGGCAGCAUCUAUUUAGACCCGGAGAAGACACCACUCGAGCCGGUCAACGAGCGACAUCAUACCCCGGUCCCCGUCCAACCAACAGUGACGACUAAGUCGAAGAAGAGUCGCAAGAAGCAGAGAGCAGUUACAGAAGAACUUGUUCCUUCGGAUGAGGAUCUAUUUGGAUAA